AUGAAACACAUUCCACAUUUAAAACCAGGCCAAUGCCAUGAAAAUGAUAAAGCCGAAGUUGUUCUUUUACAUGAACCAGGAUUAGAAGCCUUGUUAGGAUCACUUCAUGCUUCCGGUUCAUUGUUUGAAAAACCAGUUAAUUUGCAAUUAGCUAGAAAAAAUCAUCAAGGUUUUAAAGAAGCCCUGAGAAGACACGGAGUUAAAGUUAUGGAUGUUAGAGAUAUUUUGGCAAUGAAUUGUGAGCAUUCUUUGAAAUGCAGAGUUGAAUUGGAAGAAUUAGCUUUAAAGUGUAUGAAAUAUGUUUGUGAUGAUGGUGAUGAUGAAGCAACAACAGAUUUUAAUGAUUUAACAUCAAUUCAAAAGUAUUUAUUAACUGAUGAUUAUAAGAGAGAAUGUUUAUCAACAAUGGGUGUUAAUGAUUUAAUUGAUAUCAUCUUGUUGGGUCCAACUGUUAGAUUGGUUCCUUCAUCAACAAAUACUCCAAUGAGAUUGGAAAGAUUAGGUAUGAGACCUCUUCUUAACUUGACCUUUACUCGGGACCAACAAAUUGUCACCAAUAGAGGUCUUGUUAUUUGUCGUAUGGGAAGUUUGCAAAGACAUCAAGAAACUAAAAUUUUGAAAUUCUGUUUUGAAAAGUUGGGAUAUGAAAUUUUGGGAGAAAUUAAAGAGCCAGGUAUUAUUGAAGGAGGUGACUUUUUGGUUGGUGGUGCUGAUAUCUGUUAUAUUGGUGAAGGUUUGAGAACUAAUCCAGAUGCCAUUCGUCAAAUGCUUGAUAAUGAUUGGUUUGGAACUAGACGUGUUGCUGUCGUUCAUGAUUACUUUGAUUGUGAUCAACAAAGAAUGCACUUGGAUACCUUCUUUAACAUUUGUUCACACAAUUGUUGUGUCAUGCUUGAAACUGUUAUGGGAGAAAACUCUCCACUCAGACGUUUGGUUACUGAAUAUACCAAGAAUGAACAAGGAAAGUAUGAAGUGACUCGUUUCAAUGUUGAAUUUUCCAAAUAUAUUAAGGAAGAAGGUUAUCAUAUUAUCUCAGUUACUGAAAAGCAACAAGAAAUGUAUGGUAUCAACUUUUUGAACAUUGGUGGAGGUAUCAACAUCACUAUGGAUGAAUCAACCAGUAGAAAGAUGUUGCAAGAUCCAAACUUUGAUGGUGAAAUUGACCGUAUUGAUUACUCUGGUAUGACUACCAUGUAUGGUUCUCUCCAUUGUUCAUCUCAAGUUCUUCAAAGAAAGAAGAUUGAAGUCAAUGAAUUCAGAAAUGUUCCAACAACUGUUGCCGAACAACCAUACAUGCACCCAUGUAAGGAAUUUGACUCUCAAUCAUCAAAGAACGUUUUACUUGUUGUUCCAAGUUAUCACACUGUUCAUGCUACUAAUAGCAAGUCAUUGUCAGCUGCCAAGCAUGAAGCUAUUUCCAAUACUGAUAUCAGUAGAAUUAAGGAACAACACAGACAUAUUCUCUCCGAAAUUCACAAGGAACUUACUCAACAUGAUGUCAAUUGUGUAAUCUUUACUCAAAGACCAGAUAUUCCAGGUGACUCUACUGCUCACUUCCCAACUCACAACAUUUCUUCACACGCCAAUAAUAUCAUUCUUUAUUAUAAGGAAUCUGAACGUUCUGAUAGAAUGGACAAGUUGGCCAAGACUUUGAACAUGUUCUACAAGGAAAAGGCAACCAUUCAAAAGAAUGUUGAGGAUCAAACCACUCUUGAUUUUAUUCAAGGAAGUACAAUCUCCUGUUUCUCUGAAGAACCUUGCAUGAAUGUUGUUUCACUUCUCUUGAUUGCUACUUUUUGA